CCGCGGGAGCCGCUGCCGCAGCCGGCAGCUGGGUGGGAUUCCCGGGGCAGUCGCUGGGAGCAAAGCUCGCUUCUCCCGCGCCUGUGCUUUUGCCUGCCCCGGCUUAUUUCUCCCCGCGUCGGUCCGCUGGCCAGGUACAGCUGACCAGCUCGUCUUCCAGCUUCGGACCGAGGCUCCACGGCCGCCGCAGGGACCCGCCCACCAGACCCUGCGCGGGGUAGCAGGUGUGUUUGAGUGGAACGUGCCGCUGAUGACACCUGGCAGAAGGCAGCCAUGGAGGGCGAUGGCUCAGACUCGCCGGUGUCGAAUGUGCAAUUCUUCCGAAGUUUCCUGAGGAACUGCUUAAUUGAGGGAGCCGCCACAUCACACUUAAUCAGUUUGUUUGUCCCUCAGUGACGGACGAACUAAAUUUUCUCUUGGGUUACCAUUAAGAAUAUCGAAAGGGAGCUCAUUUGCCCAGCAUGCAAGGAGCUGUUUACCCACCCAUUGAUUCUCCCUUGCCAACAUAGUAUCUGUCAUAAAUGUGUAAAAGAACUCCUGCUGACUCUUGAUGAUUCAUUCAACGAUGUGGGAUCAGACAACUCCAAUCAAAGCAGUCCUCGACUUCGGCUCCCCUCCCCUAGUAUGGAUAAAAUUGACCGAAUUAACAGACCAGACAUUGCAGGAUUCAUGUAGAACAAAAUUAAUUUGAAAUCACUGGAGACACUGAAAUUCAGGGCCAAAUACUAGUACAGAAGUCAGCUGCAAGGACCAAAGCUGGAAGCGCAAUUCAUUGACCCCGAGGACAACUAUUUUCCCUUGCCCUGGCUGUGAGCAUGAUGUGGAUCUUGGAGAACGAGGAAUCAAUGGUCUGUUUCGAAACUUCACUUUGGAAACUAUUGUGGAAAGAUAUCGUCAGGCAGCUAGGGCAGCCACAGCCAUUAUGUGUGACCUUUGUAAACCACCACCUCAAGAAUCCACAAAAAGCUGCAUGGACUGUAGUGCAAGUUACUGCAAUGAAUGCUUCAAAAUUCAUCAUCCUUGGGGUACUAUAAAAGCUCAACAUGAGUAUGUUGGUCCAACUACUAACUUUAGACCCAAGAUUUUAAUGUGCCCAGAACAUGAAACAGAGAGAAUAAACAUGUACUGUGAAUUAUGUAGGAGGCCAGUUUGCCAUCUGUGUAAGUUGGGUGGUAAUCAUGCCAACCACCGUGUAACCACUAUGAGCAGUGCCUACAAAACCUUAAAGGAAAAGCUUUCAAAGGAUAUUGAUUACCUUAUUGGUAAGGAAAGCCAGGUGAAGAGUCAAAUAUCUGAACUAAACUUGUUAAUGAAAGAAACAGAGUGUAAUGGAGAGAGGGCUAAAGAAGACGCAAUUACACAUUUUGAAAAGCUCUUUGAAGUUCUGGAAGAGAGGAAAUCAUCUGUUUUGAAAGCAAUUGACUCAUCUAAGAAACUAAGAUUAGACAAAUUUCAGAUUCAAAUGGAAGAGUACCAGGGACUUCUAGAGAACAAUGGACUUGUGGGAUAUGCUCAAGAAGUGCUAAAGGAGACGGAUCAGUCUUGCUUUGUGCAGACAGCAAAGCAGCUCCACCUCAGAAUACAGAAAGCCACAGAAUCUUUGAAGAGCUUUAGACCUGCAGCUCAGACUUCUUUUGAAGACUAUGUCGUUAAUACCUCUAAACAAACAGAACUUCUUGGAGAAUUAUCCUUUUUCUCUAGUGGCAUAGAUGUGCCAGAGAUCAAUGAGGAACAGAGCAAAGUUUAUAACAAUGCCUUGAUAAAUUGGCACCAUCCAGAAAAGGAUAAAGCUGAUAGCUAUGUUCUUGAAUAUCGGAAAAUCAGUAGAGAUGAUGAAAUGUCAUGGAAUGAGAUAGAAGUGUGUGGAACAAGUAAAAUAAUUCAAGACUUGGAAAAUAGUAGUACCUAUGCUUUCAGAGUAAGAGCUUACAAGGGUUCAGUCUGUAGUCCUUGCAGCAGAGAAUUGAUUCUUCAUACUCCUCCAGCUCCAGUUUUCAGCUUCCUCUUUGAUGAAAAAUGUGGCUAUAAUAAUGAACACCUCCUGCUGAACUUGAAGAGAGACCGUGUCGAGAGUAGAGCUGGAUUUAAUCUUCUGCUUGCUGCAGAACGCAUCCAAGUAGGUUAUUACACAAGCUUAGACUACAUCAUUGGAGAUACUGGCAUUACAAAAGGAAAACACUUCUGGGCCUUCCGUGUGGAACCGUAUUCAUACCUGGUAAAAGUGGGAGUUGCUUCUAGCGAUAAACUACAAGAAUGGCUCCGUUCUCCCCGGGAUGCAGUUAGUCCAAGAUAUGAGCAAGACAGUGGGCAUGACAGUGGAAGUGAGGAUGCCUGUUUUGAUUCUUCACAACCAUUUACCUUAGUUACUAUAGGCAUGAAGAAAUUUUUUAUACCCAAGUCACCUUCUUCUAAUGAACCUGAAAAUAGAGUUCUCCCUAUGCCAACAAGUAUUGGGAUUUUCCUUGACUAUGAUAAAGGUAAAGUAAAUUUCUAUGAUAUGGAUCAGAUGAAAUGCCUUUAUGAGCGCCAAGUGGACUGUUCACAUACACUGUAUCCAGCAUUUGCAUUAAUGGGCAGUGGAGGAAUUCAGCUUGAAGAACCCAUCACAGCAAAAUAUCUGGAAUACCAAGAGGACAUGUAGUUGAAACAUCUGAUGUGACUCAGGAUAAAAACUGUAAACAAAGCAAUGCCUUAGCGUUAACCUUCGUAACUAAUUACAUAUCGCUGAGUGUUCUGUCACCCCACUUGUGUUUGAGUACGAUUCUUCUUGAAAUACAGAAAAUCUAAACAGC